AUACAAUUGGAGGCCUACUCUAAUGACAUCUUUGAAUUGAAAUCAGAACGCCUCACUAAAGAUCGUGAAUUAACUAACCUGCGCAGCAAGGUUGCUAGUCUUAUGGAUGAGGUUGAAAAUAUCACAAAGCAGUCUGAACAAGCAAGGUUAGAUCUGGCAACGCUACAAGGCGAAGCCCAGAAUAACCUGGAGGGUGAGUUUUCCCUCAUUCUCCUUAAUCUUACUGGUUCUGAAAAAAUUCUAUGUUACCGAUGUGUUUAUUACGAGAUCUAA